GCCCUGCGUCCGAGAGCUGAACGGCUGCUUCCCGCGCUGCGCCCGGGUCCGUGGAGCCCGGCGCCCUUCGAGCCGCUGGCGCCAUGGCCUCGGGGCUGCUGGAGCUGUGCAACUGGAGCACGCUGGCCGUGUGCGCAGCGCUCAAGCUGCCUCAGAUCUCCGCCCUGCGGGCGGCGCGCAGCGCGCGCGGUCUCAGCCUCCCGAGCUUGCUUCUGGAGCUGGCGGGGUUCCUGGUGGUUUUCCGGUACCACUGUUACUAUGAGUACCCGCUGCUGACCUGCCUGGAGUACCCCCUCCUCAUUGUUCAAGAUGUCACCCUGCUGCUCUACAUGUUCCACUUCCAGGGGAGCGUGCACCGCGCAGCGCCCUACCUCGCCCUAUUCACAGCGGCGUGGUUCAUCCUCGCCGUGCGGAAGUGGAUCAUAGACCUGGCCAUGAAUUUCUGCACCUUCAUCAGCGCGGCCAGUAAGUUCGCGCAGCUGCAGUGCCUGUGGCAGAGCCGGGACUCGGGGGCCGUCAGCGCCCUGGCCUGGGGCCUCGCUUCCUACACUUGUGCCGCAAGAAUAAUAACAACCGUAAUGACCACCAACGAUCUUACAAUGCUUAUACGUUUUGUGAUCAUGCUGGCUCUAAAUCUGUGGGUGACGGCGACAGUGUUUUACUACCGGAAGGCGGUUGCCAAGGCUGAGUGAUGGAUAUGUGAUUCUUACACACGAAGUGGCGUUCGAAUAACUGAACCAAAGGAAGGAAAGCCUCAUUGCUAAGUCAAAUCUUUUAUAAACUUAAUCAGUCAUUUCAGAAGCUUUGAAGCCAAAAGUAUUUUAGAUUUGAGGCAUUCAAACACUUUUUCCAAUGUAAUUUCCCACCCCGCCUGCCCCAUUAUUAGGUUGUACGGGCUCAGACAUGAUUGAUGGAGAUCAUCCAAGAAGUCAGUGUGAGAUCACUUUGACCCAUACAAGUCAUGAUCAGGUUCUCUCCAAACAGCUAACUGCAUCUACUUUUCAGCUUUCCGAAUCUUUUAAGAAGUAAGUCCUCUGCCCAGCACAAGUGAGCGUGGAGUGGGAGUUUGCUCAGUCAGAAGUGGAAUUGUAAUAAAUUACCAGGGUUCGCUUUCUGGGACUAAUGCCUAAUUGUAACACAGGUGUAAGAGGAUGGCCUUAUUGUAUCUAAUACAGCAUAACACCUCCUUCAGUUGGAGCAAGUAUAUCGGGGCAAGCAAAAUGUGCCUGGCGUGAGUUCGCAUACCAAAGCAGCCCUUGAGCUUCACACUGUGCCUUUCAGCAAUUCCUAACAAAAGGUACUGUUUGAUGCCUUCUCUGUGCUGAAGCAAUUCACACUCUGAUCCAAGCGCAAUGCUGACGUUUUUAAAAGGGCUGCACCCUCACAAUUAACCGUUAUGAGAACUUGGUAUAAAAUAGAGCUAACCUCGACCAGGUUGUAUAUAUUGAAAAUAUAUACAGUAAAGGCUCUUGCUGGGUUCUGCCAAGUUUUUAUGGGUUUUAUUCUCAUUCUAGUCGCAUAUUUGAAACAUGACAAGAUUAUCGUACACUGUGUUUUUCUAUGAAAGUUUAUAAAUCCUAACAUUUAAAAGCUCUCUUUCCCCUUAGAAUUGAAUGGCAUUCUUCUGGGGUGUGUUAUGUUGGGAAAUGCCCCGUCUGGUUUCAGGGACUGUAGCUAACAGGCGAGAGGGCCCCAAGGCUGGAGCUAAUCAAGGAGGCCUUAGGAAAACCGGCCGCUAAGGAGACAAACCUGUCCCAGGGCAGGGGCGCACCCCCUGCUGCCCCCGGCUUGGCCCUGUGCUAGUUGGUACUCAGUGAUCGGUACGACCUCAAGAGGAGGGACAGCCUAAGCCAGACACAGCCGAUAGGGGCAUCUGGGAAGAACCUGGGGGGCACAGAGACAGGGCAAAAAGGCCUGCAUCCCUCGGCUCGGCUUGGACAGGGCCAGAGUCCUCGUUCUGUCUGAACGAAGUCUCCUGUCUCUUGGUGGCUCGCCCCGCCCAUCCAGCUCAGGCUUGAAACAAUACUAAAGGCAGGUACAGCCCUAAACUGGAGUAGUGGUUCCCCAGGAAGGAGAUUUACAUUAUUCAUGGACCCUGACCUAAGGCGGAUCUCCUCCUUAUUCCUUCACUUGUUAUCUAUGAUCUUUAUCUGUUUUCUGUAAACAUAGCCUCUUGACAUUGAUUGAUGAGCUUUGUUGUAUAUCCCUGCACAAAUGGUUCUCAAUAAAAGCCUUUGGAAAAGGGCUUGGGCCUUCUCCCCUAGAGGGGAGAGCCCUGUCCCCUCUCUUGGCAAACUCAUGUUUAUCCCCCGCUCUGUGACACCCCCAGGACGGGCUCUGUGGGAUUCAGAGCCCCGCUCCCUCCUCAGCCGGCUCCGGACAGUGACCCUCAGAUCCAGGAGUGCUCUGCGCAGCGCUGCCCGUGACGCGCGCGCGCGCGGAUAAAACAAAUGAUGUUUGUUAGAUGUUUUGGU